AAAUUUUGAAAAUAAACUGACUGAAUUGUGAACGUGAAUGUUUGUUUAUUUUUCUUUUAUUCUUCCUAUUAAAUAAACUAAAGUGAAACCAAAAUUGUGUUUGCAAGAGUGUUAUCAGUGUAUUUGCUAAAUAAAAAACUCUGUGCUAUAUUCCUUUGUGUGUUCAGUCAUACUUCUCAGAUCACGGAACUAUUAAAAUGUCUAAUGAACGCAACACAGAGAUGCAAGAGUCUCUUAGGCGUGAAGUAAAUUUAUUGCAGAAACGUUGCGUUGAGGCAUGCAAUAUUAUUGAAAAUACUCCAACACAUACUGAGCUUAUUACCCCAGAUAACGUGGGAGAAAAAACUCUUUGCUACAUCGAGGGAGUACGGACAGAUAUAGAUAAUUCCAACACUCCUAUAGUGACUGAUGAUAAUCUACUAACUAGCCAAUUUCUGAAUGAAAUCAAGCACAGAACUUUAGAAGUUGAGGAACUAGUAGCAUAUACCAGAGGUUCUAUUCAUGAUGUUGAGAAUGAAAUCAACAGACUUAAUUCGCUCAUCAAAACCUCACAAGAAGCAAAGUCCAGACCGCGUGUUCAGAUACAAGCAGUGCAACCUCCGCACGUUGAAAAGGCCAAAGAGAGAUUUCUGACUAUGAAAAAUGAACUGCACGGCCUCAUAAACUCGUUGUUUCCCAAUCAUGCUGAACUGAUCACUGAUGUUUUGGGGCAACUAAUGCAACAAAAGUUAAACGAAGCAUCGAGUGAUUACAUACCAAUUACAUCAGAGAACUACCAAGUUGUAGAGCUGCUGAAAGACAUAAACCUUGUCACCGCCAACCCUUAUAACAAUACCGAAGUGAAACUAGCUUAUUAGACUUGCUAUAAAUAUGUUAUAAUUCUAUUUUGUUAUGUAUAAAAUAUACUGUAAGCAAA